AUGCGUCUCCUCGCCCCCAUCUGUGCUCUCGCCCUCGCUGUCCCCGCCAGCGCCGGAAUCGCCGACUCGGCCUUCAAGUGGGCUGCAGAGCUCACCGGCUCCGAGGUUGCACCCAUGGGCGAGGUGCACACGUUCGACUCGUGGAGGUGGUCCGACUGCGGUCUUCCUUCGGACGCGAUCUCGAUUGACUCCAUCACCGUCUCCCCCGACCCUCCCAAGCCCGGCCAGGACCUCACCGUCAAUGUCGAGGCUUAUGCCAACGAGAUCAUCGAGGAAGGUGCCUACGCCGACGUGACUGUCAAGCUUGGCCUGAUCAAGCUCCUUCAGAAGCGCUUCGACGUGUGCGAGGAGGCCCGUAACGCCAACGCCUCGGUCCAGUGCCCUGUCCAGCCCGGACAGUACUCUGUCUCGCAGACCGUGGAGCUUCCUGAGGAGAUCCCUAAGGCCAAGUUUGUCAUUAACAUCCGUGGCUACACUGCCGAUGACGAGGACAUGGUCUGCCUCGACCUCAUUGUUGACUUCCUCCGCCCUACCUAA